UUCAAACCCGGCCCGGCGCUUAUAACUUCACGUUCGAAUCUCAAACGGUUCGCACGCGUCUAUCUCGCGUUCAGAAACCACUCGAGUUAUUUUUGUGUUUGUGUUUCCAAGCUGUGUUAUAUAAAUAUGUGUGAAAAAAGGAUAAGGAAAAUUAAAAAAGGGUCUCAUUUAGCCCGUCUUCGUGAGGCCAGGCGUCUUCAAAGGCUGCAAUGGUUGGCCUCGCCGACACCGGCCGAGGAAGCUCCUGCACCAGCCGUGCAGGUACAAGUCCCGGUACCACAAGCGGCCGUCGACAAGACAACCCAAAACCGGGUCAUUCUCGAGCUGGCGUGGAAAACCAUUGCGUUAAUGCAAAAAAAUAGGCUCAUCCAACAGAAAAUUAUCGCCCUACAGAAGGAGACCUCUGAAUUUGUAACUUCGGUCAUGAGCAAUCCUGAGAACAGGCGGCGAUACUUGGAACAUGUCCGACUAUACGGCGCUGGCCUCAUCACCUUGCAGCCAACGGAAGAAGCGCGGAAUUUCCCCUUGAAAAUAGAGCCGAAAGAUUAAAAAGGGAAUGAUGUUGAUUACGGGUACUGUCAUGUAAGAUGAGACUGGGUGAUCGACUUUUCAGUUGACAAUUUUCUGAACGCAAAAAGGUGCAGAGUUACAAAGCCACCUUCCACCCUUUGCAUUCAAGUCCAGAAUGUGGUCAAGACUCGCAUCGCCCCGUCUCGCGUCGCGUCGUCGAAAUGCAAAUAAUAUGUACUGCAAAAUAUGCAAAAGUGCAGACAGCUGCUAAUUUGACUUACAGGUUGUAAUGAAAACAACGUUUGUAACUCGUUUUUGAAAUUAGCAGGACUUGUACAGACGAGAAAAACUAUUCGUCGAGUCUCAGCUAACAUGACGGGAUUUUGUGAUGGCGAGUGAAUGUGUGAAUGUAUGGGAAUGAGUUUAGUUUUUAAAUUAAUUUGUGGUACCUAGUUAUAACGUUUGGUUGAAUUUUUGUCAUAUAAUAUUGUGAUAAUUUUUUGCGAACAUGUUAAUUAGUAAUUUACCUCUUAGAGUUAUUUUGUUUAAGUACUUAUUGGCGAAGGUAAAUUUAUCUGAAAUACGUAUUUCUAGCAUCGGAUUUGGGAUUAUCACAUUGUGAUCAAUAAUAAUGACCUACUAUUAUGGUAGCUAACGCUCAAAGGAAAUUGUCGCAAAAACGCAAAAUCAAAAAGACGCGACGCGUUUUUCUAAAAUGUUACAAAGUACCUAUACUGAAAUUUAUCUCCACGGCUACGCAAUCUAGGUACCUACUUACUAGAUAGGUAUUAUAUAGAACAAAUCACUAGAGAAUGAUUUUUAUAAAUGUACCUAUUAUGUCGAUUGUGUAGUUAAAAUUUAGUAUGCUACAUAACAUUUUAGAAAAGAUAACAAUAUGCCUUGAGCCUAAUAGCAUAAGCAAGAAUGUCAGCAAAUCAAAACGGAUAACGAUUAAGGUGCCCACGCACUCGAACUGAACUGCAGCUGAACUGCGCGUCGCAU